GGAAACACAACGAAGAGGUCGUUUUAUCGUAAAUUGUGUUAACGAAAGUUUAUUUAAAAAAUAAUGUAUUUACAAAAAAGCUGUCUCGAUGGCGCUCGUGUAUAGCUGCUGCUUUUGGUUUUCACUUCGACUGGGAGGAAUACUAAUAGGAUUGAUCUCAAUCAUCAAAGCUAUAAUAGCGUUGGUUGUUUUCUGUAUUGCUUACAAGCAGCCAGACAAUGUUAAAUAUCAAAUAUCUCUGUGGAUGACACAUACGAAUUUAAUUUACGUGAGCGGAUACUUAGAAACUUUUCAAGCAGAUCCGGAGAAAUACAUAAGUUACGGCAUAACGUUGUAUAGUAUUUAUAUAGUUGUCAGCGUCUUAUACAUUUAUGGAGCCUAUAGGUGUAGUAACGCUUUGAUGGUGCCAUUUAUAAUAGUGGAGUUGAUACAUCUUAUCAUACUUUCAAUCUUCAUUACGACAUGGUUAAUUGUUCUGAAACAAAAUACCAUGGACAUUGGCCUCGUGAUUGGAGCCAGUGUGGCGAGCGGGUUUGUACUUAUGGGCUUAUUUUAUUUAUGGGUUUGUGCCGCUACAUUACCUGUUUUGAUAAAUGAAAUCGAACAAGAAGAACAAAGAGCUACGAUAAAUAGACUUCAAAAACUUCUAGAAAACAAAAAUCAACGCUUGAAACGAGGAAAUUAUAAUUCAUCUUAUAGUUAUGAUAAUGAAGACUUAAGGAGAACGCAUUUAUUUAUUGUUCCAAGAUAUGAAAAUGGCGGUAAAAAUACUGCUGAACACUUUUACAGAUCGAGUUUUAUAAACUAAUAUCAAUUAUUUUUUGCACUAUAAAGUAAUGAAACUGAUCUAUGUCUAUAUAAUUAGAAGUCGUUUGUUAAUAUCAAUAUUUUAA